AAGUUGGUUUGUGCGCGGUAAUACUCAUAAUGCUUUUUGAUUGCUUUUCUGUCCACAGCAAGAACUCCCCACGCUUGCUUUCUCGCACAGUUCGUAUUCGAAUUUGCGCCCUUAUUAGUUAUUAGGGCACUACAUCUAGAUCUCUCCAUUACCCACCAUCGAGGUCACCUUCCCCCUCCGAUUUCCCUCCCCCCUAUCUCGUCGUUAAAGGGGCUAGGGUUUGCAUACUGUUGGACCCCUUCAACAUUGAAGUGUAUAAUUCAUCGUGCAGUGGCAAGGAGAGUACUUUUACAGUUUGAAGUGGCAGAAUAAAAGGAACUUGAUUUACUUGGUGGAUGAUAUUCCAUUCUUGACUCUGAGGAGCAAAUGGCGCCUUUAUACUAUAUCCUAAUUGCAUUGCCUUGCACGGCCGGGGCAAUGACUUUAGCGCUUCUCCACAUUUACAGGCACCUCUUGAAUUAUACGGAACCCACUUAUCAGAGAUACAUUGUCCGCAUCAUAUUUAUGGUUCCUGUUUAUGCAUUGAUGUCUUUCUUGUCACUCGUCCUAAAUGAGAGCUCAAUCUAUUUCAACUCAAUUAGGGAAAUAUAUGAAGCGUGGGUCAUUUAUAAUUUCCUGUCGUUGUGCCUUGCAUGGGUGGGUGGGCCAGGAGCUGUUGUGUUAAGUUUAAGUGGUCGGGUUCUGAAGCCAAACUGUUGUCUGAUGACAUGUUGCUUUUCUCCCAUUCCGUUGGACGGGCGUUUUAUACGGAGAUGCAAACAAGGUUGUUUGCAGUUUGUGAUACUGAAGCCCAUUUUAGUGGCAGUCACACUAAUACUCUAUGCAAAAGGGAAAUAUCAUGAUGGGAAUUUCAGUCCUGAUCAGUCGUACCUCUAUCUCACCAUCAUCUACACCUUAUCGUACUCAAUGGCACUCUACGCAUUGGCCUUAUUUUAUGUAGCAUGCAGAGAUUUGCUUCAGCCAUUCAAUCCAGUUCCAAAGUUCAUCAUUAUCAAGUCUGUUGUUUUCUUGACCUAUUGGCAGGGUGUUCUCAUUUUUCUUGCUGCCAAGUCUGGAUUCAUAAAAAAUGUAGACGAGGCUGCUGAAUUCCAGAACUGCAUAAUAUGCGUUGAGAUGCUUAUUGCAGCAUUGGGCCAUCUUUACGCUUUUCCAUACAAAGAGUACGCUGGUGCCAAUAUUGGAGGCUCUCGUGGGUUUAGUGCGAGCCUUGCACAUGCUUUGAAAUUAAACGACUUUUACCAUGACACAGUACACCAGUUUGCACCAACUUAUCAUGAUUAUGUGCUCUACAACCAUGGUGAUGGCGGUGAGGAGGGACCAAGGAAGUAUCGGUCACGGACCUUUGUUCCUACGGGUCAAGAGAUGGACGCUGUUAGAAAAAACAAAUACAUGUUUGGGAACAAGUUGGAUGAUUUACAACUCUCUAGUAUCUCUUCUUCUGGUAGUAGUUCUCCGCCAAAUUCUAGCACAACCCACAGCACUAAAAAUCCAGAGGCAAUGAACUCUUCCUUGCUCAUGGAUGCCUCAAAUUCUCAUUCUACGCCCUAUGACCUAUCACUUAUUGACAUAGACUUAUCCAGUUAUCCUUCAAAGGUUCCUACAGCUAAUCAACCUGGAACAAAGUGAUACUCAACAAAAUCCGGACAAAAAUCCAAAGAGAAGUCUCAGUAUGAAACAUCCGAUCGAAGAAGCCUAAGUUUCCUGGUGGUUUGCUGUUAUUUGCUCAGGUUUUGUUUAACUUGUGCGCGAUUGAACCCUCAGUCUCUCUAUCACUGUAAGUUUGCUGACAGUAGGCUCUGUAAAUGUAGGCAAAUAUGCUUUCCCUAACUUUUUCGGUUGAUGUUAAUGCUCUGUUUGUCUGGUGUUACACGCCUUUUUUUUCCCCAUUCUGUGUUGUAGAUACAGUACCUUUUGAUCCUGGUGGAUAUCCAUCAGUAGAGCUCGCUUACUACUAAAAGUGUGUAUCCAUAGUCAAGAAACGCUUACACUUUGAUAAUGAUAGGAAGAUUGAGAAGAGAGUUAAACUA